CCAAAUUCAAGAUACUCAAACCCUAGGAAAAACAACUAUUUAAUGCAUGCAAAUCAAAAGGAAAUCCCUAAACAGUUCCUACAUUCAAAUCCCCCUCUUAAUCUCCCCAAAAAACCUUCCUAUUUGGCUCCCGCAAUGCUAACGGCUCGCGUGGCCUCCGCCCAGGCGAGGAAUUUCGCGUGUUUAGCGUCUGGUCCGGUCCCGCGUGGACCGGCUGGACCGGUCUAACAGUUACUUACUAAUAGGACAAAAAAUAUGAACAUGUAUCACAACCGAUUGAUCGUCAAAAAACAAGAAAUUAUUAUUUUCUACAAUACUCUAGAUGUUUGUUGAGCGUCGUUCUUGCUUAAUGGAGCUUAGCUGAGAUUCAGGUUUCUUAGGGGCAUAGAUAAACUUGCAAUCUCUUUUUGAGCAACUGAGAUCUGACCCUGACCCAACCGACAAGUGGCUCUUCUUCUAAAACACUGCCGUUCAAGAGUGCCUUUUCGUUAUAGAGGAUUGACUUUGUAGUUUUGGGUAUUUUUAGUUGAUUUUUUAUGUUGAAUUUGAUUGUGAUACUAAAUUGAUGGUAAUGCACAACAUCCUGUUCUUAUAUGUAUUUUAGUUAAAUAUAUGAUGCUUGGCCAUUAAGUUUAAACUUACAUUUGAAAUUGCGUGGAGUCGUACAUUAUGACAGUAAUAAGAUUCGAUGGUUUCUUUAUUACAGGUACCUGCCAUUGGUUGUCAGUGGUUCUCUUGUUCAGUGGAUGCCUACACUUACUCGAAACAAAUAGCAUCGUCAAGAUCCUUCUGCAUUUACGAAGAGAUUGAAAACAUGCGUAAUGCUGGUCUUAUCCAAGGAGGGUCAAUUGAAAAUGCCAUAGUAUGCAGUGUCCUUUCAGGCUGGCUAAAUGGACCGCUGCGUUUCUGUAAUGAACCUUGCCGCCAUAAGAUAUUGGAUCUUAUAGGGGAUUUUUCUCUUUUUGCUCAGAAUGGUCACCAAGGGUUUCCAUUUUCACAUCUAAUUGCUUACAAGGCUGGUCAUUCUCUGCAUGUUGAUUUUGUGCGUCGGCUAGCAAAUAUCUUGUUAAAGUAGUCCUUCUGAUGUUGAUGCUAUUUAUCCUGACGACGCACCCAAUUUUGAAGUCAUUAUAGAAUACAACCAGCGUAUCAGAUGUAUUGCCUAUUUGUGGUCAGUAUGUUUUGAUUUUUUUAUACUUUGUGAGAUGAAAUUGCAAGCAACCAAGAGCAUUCCAGAAUAUUCUAGAGAAAUUCCAUUGAUUUUGGUUGACCUCUUCAUAUAGAUUAUAGGAUCUUGAUUUGAAAUUUAUAGUGAUUUUGUUUUUUCCUUGCUUGAAUUGUUGUAAUCGAAGGAUCAAAUGGUCAUUAAUUUGAUUGGAAUGUUAGAAGAAGCUAACGAAUGACUGAAGGGAUAUCUUUUUGGUAGUAAUCGUAGUAGUUUUUUUUUUUUUUUUUGAGUAAAUGUUUUAUGAUCCUUAUUCGUUGCGCUGGUGUAAGUUACAAAGCUCAAUUAAAUAGUUCCAUAACAGUGAAUUGCAAAUGCUUGAACAUUAAACAGCUUCUGAAA